AUGGCUAACAACAAUAGUAGUAUCAAAAGCAAUCCUGUAUCCACCGUUGUCCUCGAUAGCUUUGCUACAAUGACCCGCCACAAUAGCUCCAGCAAUGAAAUUGUUAGAAACAGUAUCCGACUAGCUAGCGUCUUCACUGAUCCGAUGCUUCCAGAAAAGCCUCGGCCACCACAUUCCAAUUUUGUGAAACUUAACGUGGAGUACCGUUCCAAACAAAAGUUCAACCGACAAAAUGAAUUCAAGCUCAAGAAGUGGAUGGUCGAAAAGCAACGCACGCUGCCAAACAGAUACAAGCGAUGCGCCCAGCUUGAAAACAACGACGGACUUAGCGACACGGAAAGUGUCGAGAAUUGUACAGGCGAAGAAAAUGAGUGGGAAAACGGCAUGCAGCACGCCAAAAAGCCGAGGAAAACAAUUGACGAGACAGAGGAGCAUCCGACGUUAAGAAUAUCGAAGUCGAUCUUGAAGAAUCAAGCGAUGAAGAGGCAACACCUUCCUAGACACAGUCUGGUGAUCCUGUCGGCAGGCACUGAUUCCCGUGUUGAAGUUGUAAUUUUGACGUGUCAUAAGUUUCUCCGUAUCGAUCUUGGCCAAAGAUCAACUUUGCGGCAAAAGUGUCAUUUAACAACGAUUACGGUUGCCUUGGGAGCAAAGGCUAACUCGACAAACCGUGCCAAGAAGCUGGGCUCGUUGAUUCGUGAGGGUGUUGACGCAGCUAUGGUGACAGUGCACAUCACCAACAAAGGUCACGACGCUAACCGACAAGACAUUUACGGUGAUACCAUCACUAUCGAACGUAAAAUUUUGAAAGAUGGUGUCGGCCACUACCGCAUCAAAAGCUCUACAAACAAGAUCAUCUCGAGCAAGCGAAAAGAAUUGACAGCCAUCUUGGAUCCCAUGGUCAAUUUAAGGGAUAAUCCACUCACUAUCCUCUCGCAAGAUAUGGCACGCGAAUCCUUGAAUUUAAGCUCGUCGAGCGAAAAAUACUCGCUUUUUAUGCGCGGCACGCAACUGGUACAACAUUCUCAAGACUACGCCGUUUUACGAGAAACCCUAGAAGAUACAUCACAUGAAGAAAAAAUCAAAGUGCUCAGCAACGAGCUAGCAUGGGCACAGGAAAGCCUUGCAGACGCCAAGGAAGCGGUUGGUCAAACCAACUGA